GUGCGCGCUGCGCGGCGGUUGCGGCCCGGGAGGAUUCCGGCUACUCCCGGCGCGGCAGGGCCUUCGACCGCGACUGGCUGUACAACGCCGCGGACGUGCUGGCGGCGCAGGACAGGCAGCGCCAAUUCAGGCUGCUGGCCAUUGGCAUGUGCCAGGGAUCCAAUCGCCUGAGGUCCAUGGGCUGCGAGGAGGAGCGGGGCGCCCUGAGGAUGGUGGUUCUCGCGGACGGCGGGAUACAGAGCAAGAUGGCCGUGAAAAUGGCCAGCAAGUUUGUGGCGCGUCUGGCAGACAGGAUGCACGUGGUAACCUGGGGCCCGACGUCUGACAAAACAGACAGCGUGCUGCAGAUGUUUAAGGACAAGGAAAUGGACUUCAAUGGGCAGAUGAUCCGUGAGGCCCUGUACACCGGACCGGACAGGCCAUGCAUCCAGGCGCUGCAGGAGUACAUUGCCGCCGUGGGCGCGAGCCUGGUGGUGUUGUGUGCCGAUGACAUGGACAAAAUGGGGUCCUUCGUCAUUCACGCCCUCAAACACAUCAACGACGUCAACAUGCUGGUGGUCAGGGGAGAUAGUCACGGAAAGAUGUUCAGGAUGCCAGGUGCGGUCGACGAGCUGGCGUGGUCGCCGACGUUGUGA